CCUAAACCAUAGUUUGUGUUAGAAGUUAAUGAUUCUUCUACCAAGUACCAACACAGCCUUGCUUAAGGAGAGAAUCUUCUGGCUUUUGAGCAUUUGUGUGGUAAUAUAACUGCUGUUGUUGUGAAUACAGAAUCUAGUGUCAUCUGGAUCUUCCUUCAGAAAUCUGUUCUGUUUGUAGUUGGAGUUGCACAAACGGAUCACUCAGUAGACAAAUCAACCAUGACAGUGGAAACUGAAUCCAGCAAUGUUGAUGACUCAAAUCAGGAAGCAGAGCCUGUCCAGCUUUUGGAUGAUGAAGCAAACAAAAAUCUACCAGUCAAAAAGAAGACUACCUGUUGCACAGGACUAAAGAUGUUUCUUGCUGCUUUGUCAUUCAGCUACUUCAGUAAAGCAUUGUCUGGUAUAAUUAUGAAAAGUUCCAUCACACAAAUUGAACGAAGGUUUGACCUUCCAACUUCUACCGUUGGUUUCAUUGAUGGGAGCUUUGAGAUGGGUAAUUUGCUGGUGAUUGCAUUUGUAAGCUACUUUGGAGCUAAACUUCACAGGCCCAAAGUCAUUGCUGUUGGAUGCUUUACUAUGGCUUUAGGGAGUCUUUUAACAGCAAUGCCUCAUUUCUUCAUGGGAUAUUAUAAGUAUGAGACAGCAUCACAUACAGCAUCUUCAGCCAACUUAACUUCAAGCAUAAAUCCAUGUUCCCUUCGUCAAGAUGUGAACAAAACCUUGUUGGAGACUUCCAAAUCAGAUUGUGAGAAGGAACCAUCAUCAUACAUGUGGAUAUAUAUCUUACUGGGAAAUAUGUUACGUGGAAUUGGUGAGACUCCAAUAACACCACUGGGCAUUUCUUAUCUUGAUGAUUUUGCAAAGGAAGAGGAUGUUCCUGUAUACGUAGGAUGUUUGCACACAAUAGGCAUGUUCGGCCCAAUGUUUGGUUUCCUGCUGGGAUCUUUAUGUGCCAAACUAUAUGUGGAUGUUGGAUUUGUGGAUUUAGGAAGCAUCACUAUCACUCCACAAGAUUCCCGCUGGGUGGGUGCAUGGUGGCUUGGUUUUUUAAUAGGUGGAGUAAUCAGUUUCCUAGCUGCUAUUCCAUUUUGCUUCCUGCCAAAGAGUCUGAAAAAGCCAGGGGAAGCUAAUCAUGACAAAACUUCAUCUAGUCUCCUGGAAAAUAUGGGAGCCAUCAGGAAGACACUUACUCCUGCAGAACCUAAGCCAAUGAAGUGGUCAACAAUGAUGAAAGAUUUCUAUACCUCCCUGAAAAAAAUAUUGAGUAAUCGAAUGUACUUUACAUUUUUAUGUUGCUCACUGUUACAGUUCAGUAGCUUUAUUGGUUUCUUGACUUACAAGCCAAAGUACAUGGAACAGCAAUAUGGACAAUCUACAUCUAAAUCUAACUUUCUAAUAGGACUGACAUCCUUACCCCCUGUUGGUAUUGGGAUUUUCCUAGGAGGGCUCAUAAUGAAAAAGUAUAAAAUGGGCAUCAUUGGAGCAACCAAAUUUGCAUUUAGCAUGUCAUUUGUGUCUUAUAUCCUCACUCUCUUGCACUUUUUUGUUGGCUGUGAGAACCAUGUGGUAGCAGGAAUAACAGUGUCCUAUGAUGGCAAACCAAUUCCAUACCAUGAAAAUGCCAUGUUUUCUGACUGCAAUUCUGACUGCAAAUGUGCCACCAAUGUGUGGGAUCCUGUAUGUGGGGACAAUGGACUGACAUACGUUUCAGCAUGUCUAGCUGGGUGCACGACUUCAGUGGGACAUGGAAAAAGCAUGGUCUUCCAUAACUGCAGCUGUCUUAAAGCCAGCAGUUCAUGGUCAGGAAAUAACUCUGUCACCUUGGGGCAAUGUCCCAAAAGUGAUGAUUGUUCAAAGAAGUUUAUUUAUUAUACAGUAAUACAAGUCAUAAGUGGCUUUUGUUAUGCGUUGGGAGGCACACCAGCAUACAUGAUUAUGUUUAGAUGUGUUCAGCCAGAGUUGAAAGCUCUUGCAGUUGGUCUAUACACACUCAUUAUGAGAACACUAGCUGGGAUUCCUGCUCCAGUUUAUUUUGGUGCACUGAUUGACAAAACAUGCUUGAAAUGGGGAAGCAGAAGCUGUGGGCAGCAGGGGGCUUGCAGGUUAUACGACUCCAAUGCAUACAGGUAUGUCUACCUUGGUUUAUCAGCAUUGUUGAGAGGUCUUUCUUACUUGCUUGCGAUCCUUUUCUUUACAUUUAUAAAGAAACACUUUCAAAAUAAGAACUCCAGACCUACAGAGAAUGGAGGAAAAGAAGAUGUUCCCAUGAAUAAAGAUGAUAAUUGCAAGAGCAAAGAAAAUUUGGCGGGUUCUCCUGAUGCAGAGAACGAAUCAUGUAUUUAGAAAGCCAUCUAGACCUGUGUCGCAUGAAUCAGGACAGCUUCCUUUAAAAACAGCUUUCACUUUGUCAUGAAUAAUUAAAUGAUAGUUUAGAAAGUUCAGAAAGGCAAACUGGUAGUAAAUCUGUGAACAACAAUAAGAAAAACUUACAUAUAAGUAUGAAAUCGACUUAUGUAUACCUGGCUAUAAAUAACAGACAGAACAAAUUGUAGGAGCUGAACAGAGUGAUGAAAAGAUACAGAAAAGUCUCCCUUAGCAUUCUCGACAGAGCUAGUCUACAAUUUUUAAUGGGUUCAAAGAUGAGUGGUGGCAGAACAGUCACAAAAGCCCCACAAAAUGUGACGCGGAUCCCAUACGCAGAUCUGUGCAGUGGAGUGACGUCAGAAUGACAAACUCAAGUCUUACAGAUGCAUUGUGAUUUCAUCAAUCAGAAUUCAAAACAAAAACAAAGCCUUCCAGCAAAAUGCUUACACCUUAAGUGAGUCAAUACAACAAACUGCCACUGCAAAAUUAACAAAAGCAGUAUUUUUCCAGGAAACAUUUUUGUCGUAAUUCAGAUGAACGUUUUAUGCCUUAGAGUAAAUAAUUAUGCUUACGAAUCUCACAGUUGUAGCAAUUUAUUAAAAACGUGGGUUUUUUUUUUGUUUUUUUUUUGUUUUUUGUUUUUUUAGUUAAUUCUGCAUGAAAUGUAAUAAUUAUUCUGAAUUUUGUAGUGAUUUCUUAGCAAAAUUCAUCCAAUGUAUGCUAGUAGUUUCAUUGCUAUGCCACGUAGUGUCCAGCAGAGGACACUCAAACAAUAAUUUUACACCUAUGGCUAUUGCAAAUAACGUAUUUGUGAUGUUCCAUCUUUAUUGUUUUGGAAGAAAUUCAUCAACGGGCAGGCAAAACACUCAUCUGUGUUUUCAUGCACUUUUUCAGCCCAAGCCUUUAGCUCAUAUUUUCAAAGUUGCUUUUGUAUAUUUCUUGAUUUGAGUUCAUUCUAUUUGCAUCACUAAGCUUGACAACUGUUGUUACUUUAAAUAAAAAGAUGUGUACUUGUGUACCAUUUAACGACAGUGAA